GGUAUCAUAGCUGAUGUAUGUGUGGUAACAACAUGUCAUUGCCGCUACUUGAUGGAGCUGCAACAGUGUUUGGGACUCAACGGGAAACAGCCGUGGUUAUCUUCCUGCACGGACUUGGAGACAGUGGACAUGCAUUGGCUGAAUCAAUGGCUUCCAUCCGACUUCCUUACGUGAAAUAUAUCUGCCCUCAUGCACCAAAGAUGCCCGUGCAAUUGAAAUUUUUUACAUCAAUGCCAUCAUGGUUUGACUUGACAGGAUUAAAUCCAGAUGAUACAGAAGAUGAAGCUGGUAUAAAGAAAGCUGCUGACUGCAUUAAAGCAAUUAUUGAACAUGAGAUCAAAAAUGGAAUUCCUUCGCACAGGAUCAUUCUCGGAGGAUUUUCACAAGGUGGUGCACUGUCCCUCUACACUGCUUUGACAUGUCAUCACAAGUUAGGUGGCGUUGUGGCUCUGAGUUGCUGGCUUCCUCUUCACAAAUCGUUCCCACAGGCAGCAGGUCGCAAUGUCAACAAGGAUAUCAGCAUCCUGCAGUGCCAUGGUGAGAUGGAUCCUGUGGUAAAAUUAAGAUUUGGUGUUAUGACUUCACAUAAGUUAAAGACAAUCAUCAAUCCAACAAACAUUAAGUUCAUAACAUAUUUAAUGCAGCAUUGCACAUGUAAAGAGGAAAUGGCAGCAGUGAGCAACUUCAUUGCAGAACAGCUUCCACCAGUCUGACUGUAGAAUACAAAUCGCUGAAGUUCACUGCUGUGUUUCAAGUCCCCAGCUAAGAAUUGAAACCAAGUCAUAUGCAAGCAACCUCAGAUCUUUUAAUUACCAUUAUAAUUGUCAAUCUUUUUCUUGAUGUAUAUUUCAUUUGUGUAUCUUUAGGCUGUGUACAGGCAAACUACCGAGUUUUCGUCAGAAUAUCAUUUAUCAAAAUAGGGCACCAAAAUUGAAAUUGAUGUACCUAUUCAAUUUUAACACUUUCCAGCUCAAAUGGCUCGUGAAUGAUUUGGGCACAAUUGUCGUUUUAGAUUUUCCCCCAACUCCAGUUUCCCUUACUUUUCAAACCUGGAUUCAAAACUCGAUUCAGUUCUGCCUCAGUGCAUGGUGCUGAAUCAUUAAAACUUGCUCACUGUGGUCAUUGGUGUAAGCUCUCCUCUGCUUUGCCUGGGGAUUUGGGGUUACAGACACAUUCCAAACAGCCUGAGAACAUUACCGUUAAUAAUCUGACGUUGUCAUUCAUUGUAAAUCACAUUUAAUAAGUUUUAUUGAUUCAAUAAUACAUACAGUAAAUGCUUGCCAGAUUGGAAGCAUCGUCAUUAGAUCAUAGCUGAGAACUUUUUAACAAUGAUUUUCUAAUUCUGUGCGAGGCAUUACCUGAAGGUUCAUGUUUUGAAGUCUUUCCAAGAAGAUAAUUGCUAAGAAUUGCCUUUGCAGGGACACGACCAGAUCUCGGGCAAUUAUGGAACAGAAUUGGUGGUAGGAUUCAGAAACGGUAAUAAUAAAUGAAAAAAGAAAUUGGAGCCAGGACUGAAGGCUGAGAUUGCUGAUUGGGUAAUUCUUAUUCAUUGAUGAGAUCAGAAACAAGUGCACUGUGCAUCACGGCUGCAACAGACUAAUAAAGCAUUAUCAGCAGCUCAUUGUUGUUGAGAGAGGUGAAAUGGUAGGGAAUCAUCAGUGCAAACUUCUCAUUCUCAGGAACAAAUGGAGUUACCAGAGGCCAGACUCCAAUCGUAGCUUUAUUGAAAGUGACAGCAGAAUGUGGGAGCAGAAACCGUCUUUUGAAUCUGCCCAUGAUCAUAAGGUUGAAUAUUAUAUGUAUGUGUUUAUUAACAGAUGAGUUCAGCCAACCUGCUUUCUAUCUCUGUGAUCGUGUGGGAUCUGCUAUUCACCUUCCUAUCCGCUUUUACCGAGACUGUCUAUAGUUUAGCUGACUUCAUGUGCAUGCUUUCAAUCUUCCUUUUACACCAUGUGAUGAUGCGACUUUGUCAAGACCCUCUGGAAGACCGUGAGCACCACAUCGUUAUUCCCCUUGUUAUCCAUCACAUUAACUCAUUCCCCUCAUUAUACAUCACAUUAAUUUGCCCUCAGCCCUAAUUGCUUUACUCAUUUUCCUCCAGGUGACUAUUAAUCCUGUCCCAAAUCAAUGUGCUUAUAAGAUUUUCCACCACCAGCUUGUGCUGUUGUACUUCAGUACUUACAAAAAAAAACACAAAGUAGAAACAUUAGCUAUUCUCCAGUCCUCUAUUUCAAACAAACAUUGAGAUGAUGCUCUGUGCCCUUGCCGUUUCCUCCCACACUUCCCUCAAAAUUGUAAGAGGUAUCACAUCAGGUACUACUUCCAGUUCUGCCAACGUUUCUAGUACCUCCCUGCCAUUAAUUUAAUGUUUAGUGUCGUGACUGUCUCCUCAAUUACUAGGACUUCCUAUUUUCCUCUCGAGCGAAUUCUCUUCUCACAUGCAAGUUCCAAUUUCUGUCCUCCAGGGCCCAAGCCUCCAUGCAUCACCUUUAUGUUAUUUAGUUUAGUUUAGAGAUACAGCAUGGAAACAAGCCCUUAAGUCCGAGUUCCCACUGACCAGCGAUCCCUGCAUAUUAACACACA